GUGUGUGUGUGUGUGCUGUAGAGUCCUGUACUGGGUCUCAGUGCUAUAACAGGGCCAGGACUUCAUUCCUGCCCCAGAAAGGAGUAACGCGGUGAGGAGUGAACAGGAGUGUCUGAUUACUCUCCCAGAUUAGGUUCUUCAUAGUGUAGGAAGGAGGCUACAGGCACGCUACGCUCUGGAGGAAAGAGGAGGAGAGGGGAGCACAGAAGGAGAACGGCUGUAUGUUCUUUGUGUUGUGCUGAGUUGCUAAGAAUGUGAGCUCAGUAGAAAGGGAACUGUUUGGUGGGCUGCCCACUGCUUUUUGGCAGACUGCUGUUAAUAUCCGAACAUUCUGGUGUUUCGGAGUGAUAACAGAACUAUUUCACCAGCCAGUCUCAUUCUUCUCCCUUGACCUUAUUCUGGUAGCUCUCAGCCAGUCUCAUUCUUCUCCCUUGACCUUAUUCUGGUAGCCCUCAGCCAGUCUCAUUCUUCUCCCUUGACCUUAUUCUGGUAGCCCUCAGCCAGUCUCAUUCUUCUCCCUUGACCUUAUUCUGGUAACCCUCAGCCAGUCUCAUUCUUCUCCCUUGACCUUUUUCUGGUAGCCCUCAGGCCAAGGAUUUCUUCUCUCUAUUUUCCCCUUAAAUUUGUUUUACAAGAAGCAGGUUGCCACUCGUGAAUCACUGCACCCUUGCCACACACACGUUAACACAACCCAUUAUUGCUCAGGCACUAGUCUACACAAAUGAUUCCCGGCGUUUGACUAAUGCAUGCCUUUCGAGAAGCUGAGUAAAUCCCUAACAGAGACAUGCAGUCAGACCUCUAGACUGAUCUAGACAGAGACACAUACAGUAGACAGCAGAGUCGGCCAGUCUGAGAGAGCAGUAUAGUCUGUGUUAUUUACCUGAGAGAGCAGUAUAGUCUGUGUUAUUUACCUGAGAGAGCAGUAUAGUCCUGUGUUAUUUACCUGAGAGAGCAGUAUAGUCCUGUGUUAUUUACCUGAGAGAGCAGUAUAGUCCUGUGUUAUUUACCUGAGAGAGCAGUAUAGUCUGUGUUAUUUACCUGAGAGAGCAGUAUAGUCUGUGUUAUUUACCUGAGAGAGCAGUAUAGUCUGUGUUAUUUACCUGAGAGAGCAGUAUAGUCUGUGUUAUUUACCUGAGAGAGCAGUAUAGUCCUGUGUUAUUUACCUGAGAGAGCAGUAUAGUCCUGUGUUAUUUACCUGAGAGAGCAGUAUAGUCCUGUGUUAUUUACCUGAGAGAGCAGUAUAGUCUGUGUUAUUUACCUGAGAGAGCAGUAUAGUCCUGUGUUAUUUACCUGAGAGAGCAGUAUAGUCCUGUGUUAUUUACCUGAGAGAGGCUCCAGUCAUGAGGUUAGGUGAGCUGUUAUUCUGACUCAGUGUGUUGAGAGAUGUAGUGUUCUUUAGGAGCGGUCUGGCUCACAGAGCCUUUGGACAGAAAUCUGGGAAUGUUCACGUUAAAGGUGACGCUAUCUCAACCUUAGUCGUAACUAUGCAAUGCUAAGGCGUACAUGGGCCAGUGAGACUCACUCUCCCCAGCUAGGCAGGGCAAAGUGGUUCGUACAUUGGACAUACUGCCUACACCCGCAUGUAUGCUUACAUGAGCUGUGAUACAGGUUGUGAUAAGGCCUGGGUGGGUGGGGCCCAGGCAGAGACAGAUAUAGGCUCCAUGCUUAGAUGGCAGAGCACAAAGACUGCUGGUACGGUUUAAACAGCUGUGCAGAGAGAGCAGCACAACAAGCCCUCACUGAGUUUAGCACACAGCCCUUUGAAAUAUAUAUACCCCUUCCUGAUAACAUCUCUUUUGACUUCUGUCUCUGUCAUGAGGAGAACUUAGUGGUAGUAGAAUUUCAAAAACAACGGAAAGUCAUAAUCAAUCAAUUUGCAAUGUCCAUCGUUGACCCACAUAUCCAGGAGGGUUUCAUCUGUUACAACAUCAUCGCAUUGUACAACUUCACCAUUUUGUUUCAUCUCCAUGACGUUGUUGUGACGUGAAGGCUCAACAAAGCUCCAAACACACCUUCACUUCCGGCACAUGUUGUGCUCUGACUAAGGCAGGACUUUAGACUCCGCAGGGUGGGUAUGUGUCUGAGCAGGGAGAAAUGCAGAGUUACAGUAGAAGGACAUUGCUGUUGGUUGUGUUUGAUCUCUUUUCUCUUCAGUAUCUCUCUCUGUCCUCAAGAACAACAGCAAUAACAGGAAGUAGGUUCUGUGUGUGAACAGCAACAGUCCUUUUGUCUGGGGUGAUGGACGGGACAGGGCUGUGACUGGGUGGAGAUCUUGGAGCCGCGCUCACAGGAGCGCAUGUACGUGAACCUGGCAUCGGGGGAGUGUGGUUGGGAGCCCCCAGCAGGCGCCUCCGUGCGCCAGUCCGAUGGCAGCCAGUGGUGGGAGCUGUUUGACAGUCACAACAACCGCUUCUACUACUACAACAGUGCCAGCCAGCAGACGGUGUGGCACCGGCCCCAGGCCUGCGACAUCGUGCCCCUGGCCCAGCUACAGGCCAUGAAGAGGAGCUCAGAGACGGGCCUGAACGGCCCCAUCAAGCCCCAGAGAGGGGGAGGAGAGGGCCGCCGCACACCCCUACUUAACCAGGCCUACCCCAUGCCCCCCUCCCAGGACCCUGACAGCAGCGGGAGGUCGACCCCGUCUAAAGGGCUCUGUGACAGCCUGGAGAACAGGAAAGAUACCCCCAGGGACACAGGUCAAAGAUGGCAGCCUGCUCCAGGGUCGAAGGCAGCCAUGUUAGUGAAGGUGAACAGCAUUGGCAGGAACCAGUCUGUGGUGCCCGCUAGCGCCCUGCACCUCCUCCACCACAACAACAUCAGCCCUGGAAGCCCUGCUGUGUACCAGGUCCACUCCGACAGACUCAGCCCUGCAGGCAAGAUGGCUUCCCCCGUGGACCCCAAGCAAGCCAUCCACCUGAAGAAGAGAGACAAUGGUAACUUCUGCCUGGUGAUGCCCUCCACUGGCAGCAAGGUCUAUCAGACCCCCCAGAGGUCUCAGGCUUGCACCCCCAGGCCCUCCUCGCCCCAGUACGGUGCCACUCCGCCCAUCUAUGAUGAACCCCCCAUGGAUCCACCUAUCUAUGAUGAACCCCCCAUGGAGGUGGAGGGGGCCCACCUCCUGAACAGGCCCUUCACACCCUCCACCAGCCUACAGAGGGUCCGCCAGCCCCAAUCCCACCCCCAGAACCAACCCCAGCAGCAGCCCAAGCUUCUCCAAUACCCAGCCUCUCACCUGAGCUCCAAACACAAGAGAAACCCCUCCGCCACGGAUUACAGCCCCGCUGGACGGGAGUGCAUCAAACACAUGGUCAACGUGGACCCUGCCACCUGCAAACAGAGCCCCUUAUCCCAGCCUAUCCAGACAGAGCAGGGCCCUGCCCCAGAGCCUGACCUGCCCCCCUCUCCAUCCCCUUCCCCAGCCCCAGGCGUGACCCAGCCCAGGCCCAAGGAGGUGAGUCUAGAGAAGAAGCAGUCGUGGCGUCUCCUGGAGUCCAGCGCGAGGAAGAACAUGGAGGCCCGACACAGCCGACAGAACAGCCUGGCCUCCCAAGAGUACCCGGCGCCGGCGGCCGUCACCUACCAGGACUCAGGCUACUCUACGGGGCCCUCGCCCAGCCUGAGGAGGAAGAACCGCAGGAGAGCCCUGGGCGGAGGGGCUGGGGGUGCAGUGCAGGGCCGGCCAGGCUCGGUGGGCAGCACUGGGGAGCUCAGUGCCCUGAAUGAGAAGCUGAUGGCAGAGAUGCGGGCAGUGGUGAGUCGCUCAAACACCCUGCGUGGCAGCAAGGCCAGCCUGGACACAGAGAUGUCUGAGGGGUCUGUACCACGGGCCCGUUCCCCCUUGAACUCCCUAAAGAAGCACGGGGGCCGCAGCGCCUCUCGGGAGGACAUCAGUGCCAGUAACCGCUCUCUGUACCGGGCCGGGAGCGGGAGUAACCACGGCGACGUGCCCCUCUCGCCCCUGGUGUCAGACGGCAUGGUGCGUCAGAAACGGACCUAUGAGAAGGUGGACACUCUGGAGAAAAGCAUCACCAGCCAGAACAGCCUGUCCUCCCCAGAGCCCCCCGUGUCCCCCUCCCAGGCAGGAACACUGGAAUCCAAGGCCCAGUCGGAGUCCUCAUCACACGGGGGAGGUAAUGGUCACGGGGGCACCCGGGGAUCCCCCCAUAGAGUUAUCGUGACUGGAGACAGAGGAGAAGGUGGGGGAGGUGGAAAAGGAGGUGUGGGUUACCAGUACCCUUACACCACCCUCUGCAAACCUCCUCCAGACGCCAACAUGGUGGACUGGGCCAGUAAGAACCUGAACCAGCACACUCAGGGCCUGUUCCGCCGCCGCGUCUCCAUCUCCAACAUGCUCUCCUGGAACAGGGGCUCCAUUAAGAAGCCCAUGCUGAUCACCAGCGACCGCACAAUCAAGAAGGAAGCCUGUGAGAUGUUCAAACUAGCCCAGGCCUACAUGGGGGACCGCCCAGCCCGGCUGGAGCGCCGUCACGCUGCCCUGCUGGUGGUCACUAAGUGCUGGGGCAUGCAGGGCCUGAGGGACGAGUUGUACGUCCAGCUGGUCAGACAGACCACUGACAACCUGAACCUGAGGAGCCUGGAGGCCGGCUGGGAACUCAUGGCCAUCAGCCUGGCCUUCUUCUCCCCCUCGCCCAAGUUCAGACGCUACCUGGAGGGGUACAUUCAGAGACAUCUGGAGCCCUCCAACGACAAGAAGAUCAUGCAGCACAUUAUGGAACAACAGGACAUGAAGAACAAGAAGAAUUCAAAGUCCCGGAAGAAGAGGAAGCAGAACAAUGAGGAGGAAGAAGAGGAGGGCCUGCCAAUCAGCACUUAUGCCAAGUACUGCUAUCGCAAGCUGCAGAAGGUCGCCGUCACUGGGGUCAAAAAGGGUCUAAGGAAGCCCACCCUGGAGGAGUUAGACCAGGGGAGAAAAGCCAUUGUGACCCCCUCCCUGUUCGGCAGUGCCCUGGAGGAGAUCAUGGAGCGUCAGAGUGAGCGGUUCCCGGAGCGCAGGCUCCCCUGGGUGCAGGUGCAGCUGUCCCAGUACGUCCUGGCCCUGGGAGGGGCCCAGACAGAGGGAAUCUUCAGGGUGCCUGGAGAUAUUGACGAGGUGAAUGCACUGAAGCUGCAGGUGGAUCAGUGGAAUAUUCCAGAAAACCUUGGCGAUCCCAACGUCCCAGCGUCUCUGCUGAAGUUGUGGUACAGGGAGCUGGAGGAGCCAGUCAUCCCUCAGAGCUUCUAUAAGCAGUGCAUCAGUAACUAUGAGGAUCCAGAGGCAGCGAUCAGCGUGGUGCAGUCUCUGCCUGAGCUAAGCAGGCUGGUGCUCUGCUACUUUAUACACUUCUUACAGGUGUUUGCCCAGCCCGUCAAUGUGAGUAAGACCAAGAUGGACGUGAACAACCUGGCCAUGGUGAUGGCUCCCAACUGUCUCCGCUGCCAGUCGGAUGACCCGCGCAUCAUCUUUGAGAACACACGGAAAGAGAUGUCCUUCUUACGCAUGCUCAUUGUUCACCUGGACACCAGCUUUGUCAAGGGCAUCAUCUGAGGAGGCCUCCUCUAGACCGCUCACACCACUCUCUACUGCCACCUCACACACAACAAGCCCGCUGUUCCUUCACACAUGUCACAUCUCAACCUUAGAUUCUCUCUGGUUCACUAACACCACAUUCUGAGGACUACAGACAGUGGACUGCCCAGAAAGUGACUGGAUAUCAAGACAGAUUUCCUGCUCUGAAUCAUCUCGUUUGAGACUUUGGGACAAGCUCACAUGUGAUGGUAAUGGGAGACUGUUUAUCAGUUUUAAAGCACACUGCAGGACAUAUUGUACAUGCUAUAUGUAUCUCCCCAUGUUUCUGCUCCAAACACUGGACCGUGCUGGCGUGAGAUUCAGCAUAUGAAGAGCAAUCACAAUAGGAGACUGUGAUGCACAUUAAGCCAGAGUGCAGGGAGAAAUCAAGCCAAAUCUCAUUUGUAAAUAUGGGUUUUUAAAGGAUUUCUUCCUGCUUUGAGUGCCACAUACAUAUCUGACGCUAUGGUAAUGAAUUAUGUCUCGUCAUGUGUUCUGAAAUAACAAAAUGAGGGGAAACCCACUCUGUAUUAUAACCAUUCUCUUUCCUUUAUUGUAUUGGUGUAUUCAAGCAAUGAUUUCCUUCUCAUUCUAACUUAAUUUGGAAUGCUUUUUUGACUAAUUUAAUAUGAAUUCUUUCUGGGUUGCCAGAGCUGCAGGAUGAGUUGACAAAAAGGUUUAAGCUACUCCUGACCUCUCCACUGGCCUCAGAGACAGGUUCACUCUCUAGGUAAAAAAAACACAUUUAUUUCUGAAUAAAAGUUUCUCUAGCAGGAAAAAUGAUUCCCAAUCAGUAAGGCAUAGAUGUGUGUACAUGUGUUAGAGAUACAGUCUUGGACUAAAAUCAUUAGGAGCAUUUCUUGUAGCACUUUCAGCUGUUUUACUCCAGACAAUUACAGUGGGCUUAUUUCCCAUCCGUUCAGAGAAACACAAUUAUACCUUUGAUGGAGCUUGUAAAAUAGCAAAUUUGAGCUAUUAGCAGGUCAGGGGGAAAAAAUGCAGGAGAAAAUGAGAGCGCUGUCGCUGCCUGUAGCUAAAGCCUCACCCACGCCAACAGUUGUGAAUUUACAGUGCGGGCCAUAGGGAGGGGCCAUCUGGCAGUGGUUUGAGGGUCUGAGGUACAUUAGUGCCAUAGACUGGGAGGAAAACCAUUAAGACAAAAACACAAGCUGAUUUACUAUUUUUAGACAGUAUUGCCUAACAAGGACUUUCCUAUUCCUCUAAAUCUCAUGCCUCAUGAUGGGAAGAGUGUUUAAAAUCCAUAUUUCAGCUGUCUUAACGGCCACGCUGUCGCUGUUAUAUUUAGCAGUGUGGUCAGGGUUUGGGUUUUAGCGCCCCACAUGUUUUCUCUGUGUCUACCUCAUCUUAGUGAUGGGGUCUGUGCUGCAAUGCUGUCCGUGUUUGCGCGUGUGUGCGUGCGUGCGUGUGUUUGUGUGCACGUGUAUGUACGUUUUUGCACAUCAGUGUGGGUGUUUGUGUAUCGACUGUACAUGCGUGCGUGUGUGUGUGUGUGUGUGUGUGUGUGUGUGUGUGUGUGUGUG